AGGCUGCAGGCUGUGCAGCCUAGGCCAUAGCUCAGCUUACCCUGCGGAAGGCCUAGUGUCUUCUUUCUCAGACAGCAGCAGCAUACAGCUCUUCUUGAUUGCAUCCUUCCCAGGCCUGUUGGACCCAAACUCAACGGAGAACAGAAGAGAGAUUCAAGCCUCCGGGAUGGAGUUCAGAGCUACCAUGGCUCCUUGGCCUGAGCUGGAAAAUGCCCAGCACAACCCCAAUAAAUACAUCGAAGGGGCCACCAGCCAACAGCCCACCCCGGCUCUGAAAGGCAAGGAGACCGACAAAAAUGACAAUGGAACCUCUAUCACCAAGAUUGAACUUCUGCCAUCCCAGUCGACCAUGGCACUGAUAGAGGAGCCCACAGAGGUGGAAGACCCCUGGGACCUGCCCGAGCUAAAACACAAGGGGAUCAAGUGGUCAGAGAGAGACACCAAAGGGAAGAUUCUGUGUAUCUUCCAAGGGAUCGGGAAAUUCAUUCUGCUUCUGGGAUUCCUCUACUUGUUUGUGUGCUCCUUGGAUAUUCUCAGCAGUGCCUUCCAGCUGGUUGGAGGAAAAAUGGCCGGACAGUUCUUCAGCAACGACUCUAUUAUGUCCAACCCCGUGGCAGGGCUGGUGAUCGGAGUGCUGGUGACCGUCAUGGUGCAGAGCUCUAGUACCUCCACGUCCAUCGUCGUUAGCAUGGUGGCCUCCUCACUGCUGACUGUGCGGGCUGCCAUCCCCAUCAUCAUGGGAGCCAACAUCGGGACCUCAAUUACCAACACCCUGGUGGCACUUAUGCAGGCAGGCGACCGGGAUGUGUUCAGAAGGGCUUUUGCAGGGGCCACCGUCCAUGACUUCUUCAACUGGCUCUCCGUGUUGAUACUCCUGCCCGUGGAGGCCGCCACCCAUUACCUGGAGGUCCUGACCAACCUGGUGGUGGAGUCCUUCCACUUCAAGAACGGAGAAGACGCCCCAGCACUUCUGAAAGUUAUCACGGAUCCCUUCACGAAGCAAAUUAUCCAGCUGGAUACAAAAGUUAUCAGCCAAAUCGCAAUAAACGACGCAGCAGCCCAAAACAAGAGUCUGAUCAAGAUUUGGUGCAAAACUUUAACCAACAUGACUCAGAUGAAUGUCACCAUCCCCUCGACUGAGAACUGCACCUCCCCCUCCCUGUGUUGGACGGAUGGUUUCUAUACCUGGACCAUCAAAAACGUGACCCACCAGGAGAACAUUGCCAAAUGCCGACACGUCUUUGUGAAUUCCAACCUCCCGGAUCUUUUUGUUGGCAUCAUCCUGCUUGUGGCCUCCCUGCUGGUGCUCUGUGGCUGUCUGGUCAUGAUCGUCAAGCUCCUGGGCUCGGUGCUCGAGGGACAAGUAGCCGUUAUCAUCAAGAAGACCAUCAACACUGAUUUCCCUUUUCCCUUCGCCUGGCUGACUGGCUACCUGGCCAUCUUCGUGGGGGCGAUCAUGACCUUCAUCGUGCAGAGCAGCUCGGUGUUCACAUCUACUCUGACCCCACUGAUCGGCAUCGGUGUGAUAAGCAUUGAGAGAGCGUAUCCACUCACGCUGGGUGCCAACAUUGGCACCACCACCACCGCCAUUAUGGCUGCUUUAGCCAGUCCAGGCAGUACCCUGAGGAGCUCACUCCAGAUUGCCCUGUGCCACUUUUUCUUCAACAUCACAGGCAUCCUUCUGUGGUACCCAAUCCCAUUCGCCCGCCUGCCCAUCCGCCUGGCCAAGGGGCUGGGUUCCAUCUCCGCUAAGUACCGCUGGUUUGCCAUCGUCUACCUGGUCGUCUUCUUCUUCCUGAUCCCACUGAUAGUGUUUGGUCUCUCGCUGGCUGGGUGGCCAGUGCUGGUGGGCGUGGGGGCGCCCAUCAUGCUCCUGCUCCUGCUGGUGGUGAUCCUUACGCUCCUGCAGUCCCGCUGCCCACACGUCCUGCCCGAGAAGCUCCAGACCUGGAACUUCCUGUCCUUGGGGAUACACUUGCUGAAGGUUUGGAACUACCUGGUCUCCUUCUACAAAAGCUACUGCCAGAGACGCUGCUGCUGCUGCUGCCGCGUCUGCUGCCGCGUCUGCUGUGUGCUGUGCUGCCCCAAGUGCCGCUGCAGCAAGUGCUGUGAGAACCUGGACGAGGUGCAGGAUGUGCAGGACAUCCCCAUCAAGGCCCCCGAGGCCUCCGAUGACAUUGCCAUGGUCAGAGAAGCCCAGAACGGGGCCCCCACGUCCCAAGUGGAUGCCCUGGACACAAACACCACCUGUAACAACACAGCCUUGUAGGGGCUGCCCCAAGGUGGGAGGAGGAGCCCCGAGUCUCACAUGCUCAUGCUCCCCUGGGUUCUGCAUGUCUCUCUCCACUUAGCUGAGAAAGGUCAAUGCCAUCAGUGCUGACUGUCACUCCCCUUCGCAGUGUAUCAGCCUGCACGGUAGCUUCAUCUCUUCCCCUGCUCCCUGGGUCUUCCACUCACAGGAAGGUGUGGAAGAACACUGCAGGAGAAUUAGGUAAUGAAACCCAACCGGAGAGGUGACCACGCCCACCCACCCGUGCACACAGCUGGGUUGCUCAAUAGGACUUAUUUUCAUACUUAAAACCAUUCUCUUGUGACGUCCCAAGGGAGGAAUUUAGGGGAGGUUCUCAAAGGUGCACACACACGCGCUUUUCUUAUUGUGAUAAAACUCAGACAUCUCUCCUACUAAAGACUGGUUUCAACUAAAAGCAGCUGCUCCCAAGCAUCUUUGCCCCAGAGCAGCCCAGCUUAAGGAAAAGAGUGGAAUCAUUUGGAGAGCUGGAGAAGACCACAGGUGUGGGCCUUUCCCUCUUCGCAUUGCUCCUUAAAUCCUCUGUUAGGGUUUCCCCAUCUGGGCAUGUAUGGCUAGUCCAACAAUUCUACCUGCGGUGUCCUCGAGUUUCCAGGACAGGAGCCACAUCGAAGCUAUAGAGGUUCAGGAUGCACUUUGGCUCACCUGUUGCUCCAUCUUCCUAAGAGGAGAGUGGUCCUAUUCCUGAGCUGGGUAAAUGGAAGAUGAGAGCUAGUCAAUGACAAGCAUUGGGGGGAAGAGAGGACGAAGACGGUUUAUGUGCUCAAAGGGCAUAGGGUCCUUCUUAAUUUGGCUAUUUUGGAAACCUCGUUGACCAUUGUGAUAGCUAAAGCCUAGUCCCACCCUUGGUCAGAUGAAAAUCAUCCUCUGAAUCCCCUCCACUGCUGCCACCUUGAGUCCCAGGAAGCACCUGAGCACAGAACAGUUCUACAAUUCUGUCUCCUUGCUCUCUGCGCAAGAUGACUGCCUGGGUCAGCUUUUGGUGGUCAGCUUCCAUUCAUCCACCCAUCCAUUCAUCCCUCCAAGCCAGAUGUGCUGUGGAGUUGUGAAACUUUCCAAACAUUCUCCCAUAUUCCCAUAGAUGAGCUUUGAUUUCUUGCCCUCUCUCCAUGCCGGCAAAGCUCCAAACUUCUCUGGAGCGGGUGGAAACCAGGGCUUGGCUAGACUGCCCACAGAACCUGAUCAUCAAAUGGCAGUAGGAUCCAUGUGUGUGUGUCUGUCCAAGGGGUGUGCUUCCUGCCCCAGAUGCCUCCUUUGACGUCUGGAGCCCCCUCUCCUAUUUACUCCCCCUCCCUCCGCUGUUUCUCAUCCCCAGUAAUCCCAGUUCUCUCCUGGAGUGUGAGUGAGCUUCAGCCAAGUCUGGGAAAUGUGUCGGGGGCGUUGGUGGUGCCCCACUCCAAGACCCUGCCCUCCCCCAUCCUAGCUUAUCCAUCUCAACAGGUUAGGGUACCAAACUGAGCCUUCCCUUGUGUAGAUACCAGUUCCCUAACAGCCAUUUAUACAGUAGUACCUCGGUUUUCGAACGUCUCCAUUGACGAACACUUCAGUUUACAAACGCCGUAAACCCAGAAGUAAAUGCUUCAGUUUUUGAACACGCCUCAGAAGUUGAACAUGUCAUGCAGCUUCCACUAAGUGCAAGAUCCUGAGGCCUAGCUGUCGGCUGUUUUCGAACGUUUCAGAACCCGAACCGUCUUCCGGAACGGAUUACAUUCGAAAACGGAGGUACCACUGUAUUCCGUAUCUAUAGCCGUGCACCUGUACAGCGUUUUUCAUAUGUAGUAAAUAGUAGUGCGGCUUAUUCUGGAGUGCUCAUUUGGAAAUGAGGCCGGAUUCUAUGCAAUGUACAGGAAAGAAAGACCACCAUUGCGUUUUUUGUAAUGCCACCUUUCCAACAUGCCUGUUAGUCACACCCCACGGCUCACUCUGUAAAUAUGUAAGCUAAAUCUGGGUGGGGCUGUGGCCUUCUUUGUACUCUGAUUUUAAAAAAUUGAAUCCUUGUACCCACGUUGAUUGUAUUUUUUUACUGGCUGUGGGAAGAGAGAAAUAAAGUUAA